AUGCCAAAGAAACUCAACGACCAACAGCUGCGCGAACUGAAAGAAUGGCUGCAAUUACACGAAAUUGUCUAUAAAAAUUUACAUCGUGACUUUUCGGAUGGCCUGCUCGUUGUACAGCUAUUAAAGAAAUUCUAUCCCAAACUCAUAGAUUUGCAUAAUUAUCCACCUCGCAAUAAUACCCAAUUAAAAGUGAACAAUUGGGAAACAUUAAACCUCAAAGUUCUAACAAAAAUCGGACUACAACAAAAUAAAAAUUCGAUUGAGAAAUUUGCCAAAGCCGUACCGGGUGCAAUAGAAUCAUUACUCUACGAUAUAAUGCUAUUAGCUCGAGAACAGUUGGAACAACGAAAAAAUAACGAUCAGCUAAUCAAUGAACAAGAACGAAUAUGGGCAGAAAAUGAUGAAAUUAUAACAGUUACUGUAAAUAAGAGAAUUGGUGACGGUCUCAUACAGGUGCCACAAAAAAUGAUUCUCUACUCAUUGUAUGAGGAAGCUCUCAAACAAUCUCAUGCCAAGGAUAACUAUUUAUUGGCUGCCCAACAGAAAAUUACGCACUUGGAAAAUGUUAUACAAUUGAAAGUGGAGCGAAUUGAUGAAUUGUGUUCGCAAUUGGCUAAAGUAUCGGUGAGAAAUUUACUAAGACAAGUCGAUCAUUUGGAACAGCAGUUACAAAGUGAUCCAUUAAUAAAUGUUAGCCAUUCUGGUGGAGACAACAAUGGCAUAUCAGAUUCAUAA